GCCUGGCGCAGGGGCGGCGGGGCGCAGCCAUGUCCUUCUGCUCCUUCUUCGGGAGCGAGGUGUUCAGGAGCCACUUCGAGCCGGGCAUUUACGUGUGCGCCAAAUGCGGCUACGAGCUCUUCUCCAGCCGUGCCAAGUACGAGCAUUCGUCUCCGUGGCCGGCCUUCACUGAGCCCAUCCACGAGGACAGCGUGUCCAAGUACAAGGAGCGGCCGGGAGCUUUAAAGGUGUCUUGCGGCAAGUGUGGCAAUGGGCUAGGCCAUGAAUUUCUCAAUGAUGGACCAAAGAGGGGGCAGUCCCGUUUCUGAAUAUUUAGCAGCUCGCUGAAGUUUGUCCCUAAAGGCAAAGCAGAGGACCCGAAGGAGAAGUAAGCGAGCAGCUCUACUUGACACACUGCUCUUUAGCUGAUCUUGCUCACACUUUGGGAUGGACUGUUGGGUCAGAGGGGCACUCGGAGCAAGAGAAAGCCCGAAGAAAAGAAGCUGUUGGUUUCUCCAGGCCAGUUCUCUCCUCAGAGAUGCUCUGAUUGUGGGUGCUGGGGGGAGAGCUGUGGCGGGGGAGCACUGGGGAGGGGAGGGAAAAAUGUGGUUGCUGGAGCUCUGCACUUGCUUGGGUGCUGGGUUGUAUGACCUGUGUCUGAGGUUGUUGCACGUGCAUUGGACUGACACAAAUGCUGCAGCUCCUCACCUUCCCUGCCCUCUCCGUCUUCUCAGCCGUCUGUUCUCCGAGGCAUCCUUGCCUCUGCCAGUAUCGGCUGUUACUGUUUCAUCCCUUUAAAAGCAGCACGUGUGCCUGCGGUCCUGGCUCUGCUGAGCUCUGUGGCAGCUCUGCUCUUGGAUGCAGCAGAGCCCGGACUCCCUCAAACCCACAGCCAAGAGCGGCUGACUCUGCUUUGUCACCAGCUGCAAUCCAGAGUCACUCCACUGCUGUUUCCAGGGAGUAACACUGGAUUAACGGAGAUCAGAGUCUGUGUUAAUCUCUGGAGCUGUUCUGGGCUGGGAUCAUGGUAUGAAUUGCCCUAUGUAAACCCUUCCAGGAUGCUAGGGCGAGGAUGAUUUUAUGAUCCUGCUAGACAAAAUUCAGGUAUUUUACCCUUUUGUCACCUCUUACACACAGUACCGAGAGUUCUAGAUUUAUCGUGCGCUCUGGGCUUGAUUCUGGCCUUGCUUCGCAUUAGAUCUAUUACUGUGUCGAAUAAACUCUAGUGGUGUUAACGGUUCCUCCUUGCUUACGCUGGUGCAAGGAAGACCAGAAUCAGGCUCAUUAGCUGCAACUUGCAUAACUCAGGCUUUAGGAAUCACAUGCCUGAACGUCCUUUGCACUUGGAAGGGCGACAACAUCGAUUUGUCUUUAAUUCAGACUGUGAUUCUUGGCUUUCCCUAGCUGCUCCCGUUUGCUCACUGCCCAGAAACCAAAUUUUCCUCUUUAAAAUCAGGGGCAUUCCCUGCUCUUCCUUAGGUCUUUCGUCCUGUUCCGUGUGUAGAGCUGGACUCCACCCUGCUCUGUCAGAGCAUCAACUGCGGCCUGGGACCUCAGUAGAGCGUAAUCCUGCUGCUCUAGUUGUAGGCAAAAUUCCCCUCAGUGUCUGCUGUGGACAAGCAGGAUCUGGCCCCUCGUAGACCUUGUAUUUGGUGACAGCCAUGCACAAACGGGUGCUGAGCCCCCAACCCUUUGGUCACGGUGAGCCUUCUGCUGACCCGCGGCUCCAGAACUGCGGCUCCGGGGCAACGCGUGGGUGGCUUUGCGGAGCCGUGCUGCCCGCAGCGUCACGGUUCGGCCGCGCUCAGGGGCACUUUGCGGGCUUUACUCUUCGUGUGUUCGGCCUCUUCGAAGUCCGUCUGGGCUGGAGGAAACGAGGACGCUGACAAACAGUGCCACACACUAGCUCAUCACCUGAUGUUCACUGCUAAUCUUGUACCUCUUCAAAUACUGAAAAUAAACCACUGAUUCACUGUGUCAGAGAAACAA